UUCACGAUUCCCGAUUGGAGGAGCUCCACCUGCGUGCCGAGCAAUCAGAACCGACCGGCGCAUGAGCCUUUGUCAGCUCGCAGGUGAUGACUUCCGCAGCCAGCAUCUCUUCAUCCAUCCCCAAGCCCACCUGCGAUACCGUCAUCCCCACCAAUUUGAAGCAUUGAAACUCUACAUUCUGUGCUCUCGAUCAUGGCAACGCUGAGCUCGGCCACGCGUUCCACGUUGCGCAAGCAGCUACGAGACUUUCUCAGCAGAUGCGAGUCCUCGUCGUCUUCUUCGCAGGGUCACCUUCCCUUGAUCCUUUAUCCCUCACCCGAUGCUUUCCCUCCCAGAGUUUCGGGUGCGCUGCACAUCAGCGUUCUCGAUUCCUCCUUCAACCCGCCUUCCAACGCCCACCUAGCCCUCAGCACCCUCGUCCCACCUGCAAGCACCUCGGAACAUCCCAAUGCUCACCUGUUGCUCUUCUCUGCUACCAACGCCGACAAGGGCACCGGCAGAAGUGGAGAUUUGAAGCCGGAGAACAGGCUGGACUUGAUGCUACUCUUAGCCAAGGAUGUGGAAGCGGCAUUGAAGGGGGCAGGGCAAGAAGCUAAUGUAUUCGUGGGAUUGGUUGACAAACCUUUGAUGGGCGAUAAGAGCUCCCUCAUACAUGCUCUCCUUCGCCAGCACGGACACACGCCUGCUGUCCAUAGCGAGGGUGCUCAUGCUUCAGACGGUGCUUCGCCCGCAAGAUUGCACUACAUCGUGGGCACCGACACGCUCGUGCGCUUCUUCGAGCCAAAGUAUUACGGCGGACAAGAAGGCUUCGAGAGGGUAUGCAGGCAAUUCUUCGAAGUUGAACGCACAAGGUUUCUGUGCGUCAAAAGACCCGCAUCGAGAAACUCUGCGGAUGCGGAGCAAGUCAAGAAGGAGGAAGAGGAAGUGUUGAGUAGGGCAAACAUUCGAAGGCGUGUCGAGUGCGGGGACGUGGUUGUGGUGGACGUGCCCGAGGCUGAGGGGAUAAGCAGCACUCGUGUGCGCAAGUUGCUUCAGGGAUCUCAACCAGCAGAGCAAAAGAGGACCGAGCUCAAGCAGCUUGUCACGCCUAGCAUCGCCGAGUAUUUGCUCAAUGAGCAGAGCAUUUGGAUGGAAUGACGAAUCACUCGGUAUCAUCAUAAUCAUUGAGUUGCGGGAAGAGGAGAAGCAGCACGACUUCGGGACCAGGCUCAGCGCACCACUUCAUCACAGCUUUCGACUCCACGUAUCAUCUAGUCUGGUCUCGUAGCGCUUUUCUCCUGUCUUGAGACGGAUGUAUGCGUUGACGCUCUGCUCUACCGUCCUCAAGUCGAAGUCGAAGAUGCGCGUUCCUGCACACAAUGGGACACGCUCAGCAGUUGCGAUUAUCCACUCUCGACCAGUGCCGCGCCU